UGCACUGGCACAUCCGAAAUUCAUCAAUGAAAUUGAUGAAAUAAAAGAAACUUCUAUAAAAGAAGCCAGUACUGUAUACACGAUUUUGAUUAAAAAUGUGAAAAGUGUUGCCGUUUAAGGUAAUAAAUUCUACGAUCAGAAGAAAAUAUUAAUGUUAUUUUUAUUCACUAUUAAUACCCCCCACAUUCGUGUAUGCAUGUGUGAGUUUUCAUACAUAUUUGUCACACAAGUCACGGAGUUUGAAUUGAAUGUGUGUGAGUUGUCAUGCCGGAUGAGAAAGACAGGAAGGGAGAGAGUGCUUCGAAUUGAAAGCUCAUCCUGUCGACCGCAUACAUAGUCUAGAAUCAGCUGUGUAUGUUUUGUUUACGAAGAAAUUAUUUAAUCAAUGAUUCUAAUAAACUGAUAUUAAAAUUUUAAUUAAUCGAGUGUGUAUAUUUUGUUAUAUCACUAUUCCGUACCAGCUAUCUACGUGUAUGGAAAUGUAAAAUAUAUAGAACCCUAACGUAUACUACAGUUGUAUGCUGUGCUUUAAAAAUAAGUUUUUUUUUUUAAUUUAUAGCUAUAAAAAGUUGAAACAGUUAUAUUAUGUAUAGCGAACAUUAGUGUUAUGUUUGUAAAUUGUAUGGUAUUGAAUGUUCUACAUACUUUUUAUAUGAUAGCAUGGUGAAACUUUAAAUUUAUCAAUGGAGGGUCCAGAAAAAGUACAAACAUCAGAAUGGAAGAGACCUGAUCAAGUAAUGCAGUUGCAUCGCUUGAAAGUGAAAAAACGUGCACUUCAAGCACGCAUAAAUAACAUAAGAGUUAGUCAAAAUGACUCCACAGAGAAAUCUAAUAGAUCUAAUGAUAACUUGAAUCAAUAUACAGCUCAAAAACGUAAAAAUCCUUUUGCUAAGGAUGAACCAAAUAAAAAGAUAAAUAUUACACCUCCAGAUUUAGAAACUAGUAAUGAUAAUACAUUAUUUGAAUUAUUGCAUAUUGAACCACCAAAAUUGAACAAAGUAGAACAUUCCACGCUCGAUUAUUCUUUAACAUUUAGCAAUGCACUUUCAAAAUUACAAACUUACAAGAACAUUGUAGAUACAGAAUCACAAAAAGGUGAAAAAUAUAUUCCAAUAGAUUGGACUUUAAAGACUAAAAUGAGAUUCAUGUCUCCAAAACCAUUUCCAUGGAAUUGCAAAUUAAAAACUAGCGAAGAAGCUUCAGGUACAACUGGUUUUGUAAGGUGUUUAGACAUUGGUGAAAAGGAUUCAACCUUAGAUACCAGUCCAAAUGCAAGGUUGCAUAGGUGUUGCUUGGUAUGGCAGCAUCCUUCUCUACCAUGGCUAGAAUUAUUUCCUCGCUCUGCUGGCAAAGUGAGUGCUAAUUUAACAAGCAAUUUAACAAUAGUAAACAAUCUACCUAUCAAGGAAGCUCUCUACAAAGAAUGGAGUGAAAGUUUUAGAUCACUUUUUCAUUUAUUACGAGCACGACAAUGUCCAUAUUUCUAUGUCUGUGCAAAUAAUUUCACUGCACUAUUUCGUGCUGCUGGAAUUUGUGGAAUUUCUGAAGCACAUGCGUUUUUAACGCCUACAACGCGUGGCUUUCGACAAUUUUUAAAACAAGAAGAAAUUAAAUAUACAAUGCCUCUGAGGAAAGAUUUGAAACGAUACUCGGAUGGAGCUGAUUCAGGUUGUGUAACAUCAGAGUUGAGUCAAUCAAGUGCUACAACAGUAGUGAACAAUACAGAAAAACAAAAUUUUAAUGACGAUGAUGAUGAAGAUGAACCACAAGAUGAAUGGUUACAGAGUUUAGGGGUAGAAAAUUCUGAAAUUCGUAAAAUUAAUAACUCCAAGGUAAGAAUGGCAAUGGAGAAAGAAAGUGAAGUAGACAACCUGAACCACUCUCUCAUUUUUGUGAAAGGGGUAGAAGCACAGGCUUUAUUCAAUUUUCUAAUUAAUUGUAAAUCUGCUAUUACAAUAACUGGCUCUUUGGCAGGAGUGCCUCCAACUCUUUUAGCACCGGUAGCUUUUCAUGGGGCCACAUUAAAAUCCAUUAAGGUUAAAGAAAGUAAAGUUCGCGUCGAGAAUGAAAGAUAUUUUUCUUUGGAACUCAAGGGGCCUCUUUUGCCACAUGUAUUACCCUCCCUUUGUUCUUUAAUGAAAUCUAGCCAGUUAGAACAAUACACUGCAAGUUGUGCGCAAUUAAAUGCAACAACUGCAUUUUCAGCAGCUAAACAUGGACUUGAAGAAGCGGAAUCGGAAAGCGAAUCAAAAAUGCCGCAAAAUGUUUUCGGAAAAGAAAAUUUGACUGAUUGUGGAUUUAGUGAUGAAUUAUUAAAACACUUUUGUAGUCCCGACCCAAUGCACAUUCAGCCCGUAGAAAGUAUUAAAUUUUCAAACAAUUUAUAUACAUGGUCUUGACGAAUAAUUUUAAUAAUUAUAUUAAUAGGAUUUUAAUUAAUUUAAUAAUCAUUACUUUUUAUGAAUGAAUGUGAAUAUUGUGACGAUAUAAUUUAUGGCAUAAUUUUUUUUUAAAUAUUAACGACAAUACGAUUAAAAUGAACUAUUAUCACUGUACUACAAUAAUAAUAGUUUUCUCACUGUUAUCAAUUUGUGAUAUAGAUAGAUAGUAAUAUAGUAAUAAUUUUAUUUUAAAAUCCAUUACUAAAAUCCGCUCUUCGUAUAAAACCAUGAUAACGAUUGAAUAUCUGUCAAGAAAUAUUUUAUACUAUUUGAUACUUGUACUAAAAUUGUAUAAUAAUAAAAGAAAAUGACCCUUGAAAGUA